AGCAUCUUGGAGCGUCAAGCCAUGAUUAACAAUGUUGGUGUUGGCCGAGGUGGCGUAAGACUUGGAAGUCUGAAUGUCCUUUUAGACAUGUCCGUUUCCAGUACUAGAGACGCCGAAGGCUUUGCAGAAAAGUCAGUGCAGUUGGUUAAGGAAGCAGUUGAUCUUUAUCCUGACAUGCCGAUGAUACCUGACUCUCCAAUAUCGCAUAGUGAGUUGAAUCAUCAUGUUACAGCACUACGGAAGCCCGAUGUAUUUCACUAACUGCUCACAUCCGCAUUUAGGCGAUUCCGUGAGCGAAGUUUUAACUACGUAUCGAGGCUAUCGUCUCAAAAUAGAAUCCUUAUUGCGAAACUUUAUCAAUCCGCGAGUCAAGUUGAUGCAGGGAGACUUCGCAUACGCGAAGCACUCACAUGAAUCCAAAAGAAUGGAGUGGGUAGAACAACAAUUACUUGUACUGGAAGCAGUACUACGUGCUCAAGGUAGACUACAAGGUAUUGAUAUAGAUCCCGAUAUGGCUGCCAUACGUAUGGGCAGUAAUGCAGCAGCAGGAAGCGCCUCUGAAUUAGGAGGUAGAGUUGCUGUGGAUGAUGCUCUUGAUGUAGUCGAAUCAAACACAUCUCCUGCCAGAAAUGGUCCAUUACCAGAAUAUCAUCUGGAGCAGGAAACAUCGACGGAACGCCAAACUUCCAUUGCGGCCGGUCCUUCUCGAACUGUCACAACUAUAGAAAGUGGAAAUGAGCUUCCAGAAUACAGCCGAGGAAGCAGGCUAGUCAACGAAUGGCCAACCGCCACUGUGCCUGCAAUUUCUAUCAUACAGAAUUCCGUUACGGAACCGGACAAUCAUCAUGACCAACCACCAGCAUACACCGAUUAACACAUUAUCAGGAUGUUCUACUUGUACUUUUAUCGCAUGUCCCUUUGUAGCAAGAAAUAAAUGUAGUCAUCGCCCUUUGACAGUUAGCAGCUGGUUUUGAGAUUAGGGAAUGUUUGAAAACUGUGAUUUUGAAGCGUAUUACCG